AUGUCUACACCAGCUAAAAUGCGUCCAUGUUUUUCUCGGUUACGUUCAUGUGGUAGUUGUAGCGGUUGUACCCAACCAGAGGAUUGUGGUAAAUGUGAUUACUGCCGCGAUAGGCGGAAAUUCGGAGGUCCAAAUCGAAUGCGUCAGAAAUGUCGUUUGAGGCAGUGUGUUGGUGGUCCCAAUUUGGCCCGCAAUCGAAAUCCGUCCAAUACGACUCAGGGACUCGGAUCCCGACGUCGAAAACAACAGACGUUACAGGGUGUGUUGUUGGGACCACCUUCUCCCUCCCGCCUUCAGCAAUAUGCAGAUUUUGAUGACGAACCGUUCGAGGUCCCCAUUGAUUUCUCACCACGUCCUUACAUCGAUCCACCCAACUCUGGAAUUUAUAAUCAACACACAAACAAUCAUGGCAUCCCUAUUGGAAGUAAAAUGCGCAGAGGUGAUCACAGGUUACAGCCGGCAGCUCAUGACUUGGAUAUAAUGUCCUCUCGUUCUUACCAACGAUUAACUGUUGAUGGUAAGUUACUCGGUGACAUUUGA